AUGGCUGAAUACUUCCAAGAAAGAACUCAGCAGCAGCCUGAGAAUCCAUUCGCGGAUCUGAUUCCGGAUCAACAAAUCGCCAUUGUACCAAGUUUUACCCUAGAGUCUGGUGUCACCCUGCAUAAUGUGCCAGUGGCGUACACGACACGGGGGAAGCUGUCUGCAGACGCAGAUAACGUCAUGGUCAUCUGCCAUGCGCUCACUGGCUCUGCCGAUGUCAGCGACUGGUGGGGACCACUCAUUGGCGGCCCUGGCCGAGCCUUUGACACCUCGCGGUUCUUCGUGGUCUGUAUGAACAGCCUGGGUAGCCCUUAUGGUACGGCGAGCCCCGUGACUGCCAAGGAUGGCGACCCGAAAAACGAAAGAUAUGGGCCCGAGUUUCCCUUGACUACCAUUCGGGAUGAUGUAAACCUGCACAAAUUACUUCUGGACGAUCUGGGAGUACGUCAAGUAGCUGUGGUCAUUGGCGGUUCUAUGGGCGGCAUGCUCGUCCUUGAAUGGGCAUAUUUCGGCAAAGACUACGUUCGGAGCAUCGUGCCUAUUGCCACAUCUGGCCAGCAUAGCGCUUGGGGUAUUAGCUGGGGUGAGGCGCAACGACAAAGCAUCUAUGCAGACCCCAAGUACGAGGACGGCUACUACUCCUUUUCCGAUCCGCCGUCGGCGGGACUGGGAGCAGCCCGCAUGUCUGCUCUUCUGACUUACCGCAGUCGGAACUCAUUUGAGGCUCGCUUUGGUCGCAACAUCCCGGACCCAGCUAGGCGCCAGACUAUCCGGGAAAGGCCACGUCCGAGCACUCCAUCCGAGGCUCACUUCCACAUCCACAAUGAUGGACACAAGACAACACGGUUGUCCAGAACCAACAGCCAUGCCGAAAAGCCGACGACCGAACCGGCUGCUGUUGGCCCGAAUGAUGUAGACGGCCAGUCACUUGACCCGCAGUUCUCUGGCCCUAAGACGGCGAGCCUGACCGGUGGUGACUCCUUGCCAACCUCAACCUACUUCUCCGCACAGUCCUACCUUCGUUAUCAGGGAGCGAAGUUUGUGAAACGCUUUGAUGGGAACUGUUAUAUCGCCAUAACGCGGAAGUUGGACACGCAUGACGUGUCGCGAUACCGGGCUGACAGCAUUGCCGAGGCGCUCGGUCUCAUUGAACAGCCCACCCUGGUGCUUGGAAUCGAAAGUGACGGACUCUUCACCUUUGCUGAGCAACAAGAGUUGGCGCAGUAUAUCAAGAACGCAAAGCUGGAAAAGAUCGAUAGCCAAGAAGGUCAUGAUGCCUUCCUGCUGCAGUUCGAGCAGGUGAACCGGUACAUCCUGGACUUUCUGAACGAGAACCUGCCCGACAUCAUGGCUAAGGGGGGCGAACACGUGGAGGCAGCAAGCGUGGGCCAGUUGACGAAGACUAGUACGUUUGGAGAGGCCGAGGUCGACGAUAUCACAGCAUGGUAG